UGGCCACCCUGUGGCUCCGCCGCCCCGAUGGAUCCACUGAAUCUGUCCUGGUACGAUGAUGACCUGGAGAGGCAGAACUGGAGCCGGCCCUUCAAUGGGUCGGAAGGGAAGGCGGACAGGCCCCAGUACAACUACUACGCCACGCUGCUCACCCUGCUCAUCGUCGUCAUCGUCUUCGGCAACGUGCUGGUGUGCAUGGCCGUGUCCCGCGAGAAGGCGCUGCAGACCACCACCAACUACCUGAUCGUCAGCCUCGCGGUGGCCGACCUCCUCGUGGCCACGCUGGUCAUGCCCUGGGUUGUCUACCUGGAGGUGGUGGGCGAGUGGAAAUUCAGCAGGAUUCACUGUGACAUCUUUGUCACCCUGGACGUCAUGAUGUGCACAGCCAGCAUCCUGAACCUGUGUGCCAUCAGCAUUGACAGGUACACAGCUGUGGCCAUGCCCAUGCUAUACAAUACGCGCUACAGCUCUAAGCGCCGAGUCACUGUCAUGAUCGCCAUCGUCUGGGUCCUGUCCUUCACCAUCUCCUGCCCGCUCCUGUUUGGACUCAAUAACACAGACCAGAACGAGUGCAUCAUCGCCAACCCGGCCUUCGUGGUCUACUCCUCCAUCGUCUCCUUCUACGUGCCCUUCAUCGUCACCCUGCUGGUCUACAUCAAGAUCUACAUCGUCCUCCGCAGGCGCCGCAAGCGAGUCAACACCAAGCGCAGCAGCCGAGCUUUCAGGGCCAACCUGAGGGCCCCACUCAAGGAGGCCGCCCGCCGGGCCCAGGAGCUGGAGAUGGAGAUGCUCUCCAGCACCAGCCCCCCGGAGAGGACCCGGUACAGCCCCAUCCCCCCCAGCCACCACCAGCUGACUCUCCCCGACCCCUCCCACCACGGCCUCCACAGCAAUCCCGACAGCCCCGCCAAACCAGAGAAGAAUGGGCAUGCCAAAGACCACCCCAAGCUUGCCAAGAUCUUCGAGAUCCAGUCCAUGCCCAAUGGCAAAACCCGGACCUCGCUCAAGACCAUGAGCCGCAGGAAGCUCUCCCAGCAGAAGGAGAAGAAGGCCACUCAGAUGCUCGCCAUUGUCCUCGGCGUGUUCAUCAUCUGCUGGCUGCCCUUCUUCAUCACGCACAUCCUGAACAUACACUGUGACUGCAACAUCCCGCCCGUCCUGUACAGCGCCUUCACGUGGCUGGGCUAUGUCAACAGCGCCGUGAACCCCAUCAUCUACACCACCUUCAACAUCGAGUUCCGCAAGGCCUUCCUGAAGAUCCUCCACUGCUGACUCUGCUGCCCGCCUGCACAGCAGCCUGCUUCCCGCCUCCCUGCCCAGGCCGGCCGGGCCUCACCCCUGCAAGCCAUGGGCAGGAAGGCCUGGGGUGGACGCGGCCUUCUGCUCACCCCGGCAGGCCCUGCAGUGUUAGCUUGGCUCUGCACCCCGCACACCCUCACUCUGCCAGGGUAGUGCUAGGGAGCUGGGCAUGGUACCAGCCCUGGGGCUGGACCACCCGGCUCAGGGGCAGCUCCCAGGGUCCCCCUCCGACCUCCAGGCCCCCUCUCCUUGGCACCAAAGAUGCAGCCAUCCUCUUGACCUUUCUCUGGGGCUCUGGGGUCGCCGGGGCCAGAGUCGGGGCCCAGAGGCGGAGUGCUCUCUGUUUGUUAGGCUUGGCCUGGGGCAGGCAGUGGGGAGAGGUGGACAGUUCACACCCCACGAGGCCCACACAAGGGAAGCAAGAGCUUUUGCCAAGGACCCAGGUGACCAUUCAGCCCUGGAUGACCCAUGUACAUACCAGACUGCAGGACGGACCCCAGAGAAGACCAAGCCAAAAAUCUCAGCUCCCACCUCCACCCCGAUGUGAGCCUCUACUGUCCACGCCAGUGGGUCCCAACACGUCCCGCCCCAUUACAGCUCCCCAUGUGGUUUCCACAUGCUCUGAUGGGGGGAACUCUAAUCUCGAAGGCCCCAGGGACAUCUGUGGGGAGAGGAACCCCUGGCCCUAGCCCGCUCUGCCGCCUUCCGAUGGCCUCAGAUGCAGCCCCUCUCACAGCAGAUGUGGCCACCCGGGGCCAGGUAGGGAAGGCGGCCUUGGAACCAUGUCAGGGCCUGGGCCGGGGGGCGUCUGAGGUUCUUUGGGGGCUGCCUCCUGCCACACUCUGACGCAAAGACACUUUCCUUUUCUAUUCCCUUUGGCGUCUUCUCUCUCCUGUGUCCCCUCCCUUCCACUGCCUCUGCCUUAGAGGAGCCCAUGGCUAAGAGGCUGCUGGAUACCAAUUGGCCUGGCCUGGCCCUGCCCUGAGGGAGGAGGGGAAGCUGCAGCUUGGGGGAGCCCCGGGCCCCAGACUCUGUAACAUCACUCCCCAUGCACCAAACUAAUAAAACUUUGACAAGAGUUGCUCUCCAGGGCCCUGGGG